AUGGCUAGAAGUGGAAGACUUGUGGAUUUUGACCCAGCAACGCUGGUGAAACAGAGGUGGAAACAGCAGAUUUCCAGGGGAAAAUCAGAGAAUCCACAGAGAGCGGAGAGCAGAGACACUAUGAAGACAUGUGAACAUAGCAGUUAUUCAGCGGCCAGCAGAAACACCACCAGCAACUCCACAGCCCGGGGCUGCAAGAGAUUACAGAUUGAUGAACCAGCUGCCCCUGCCCUCAGUGCCCCCGACACCAAGCCUGGCACCUUGGGCAGCGGCUCAGGGAGCGGUGGCCCAUGGCCUCACAUUGGCGGGGACAACAAGGUUUUGGGAACAAUAAAAUGGUUCAAUGUAAGGAGCGGAGACGGCUUCAUCAACAGGAAUGACACCAAGGAAGACGUAUUUGUACGCCAGACUGCCAUAAAGAAGAAUCACCCCAGGAAGUACCUUCGCAGUGUAGGAGGAGAUGGAGACACUGCGGAGUUUGAUGUUGUUGAAGGAGAAAAGGGUGUGGAGGCAGCAAAUGUUACAGGCCCUGGUGGAGUUCCAGUACACGGCGGUAAAUAUGCAGCAGACCGUAACCGUUAUAGACGCUAUCCAUGUCGUAGGGGUCCUCCACGCAAUUACCAGCAGAAUUACCAGAACAGUGAGGGUAGGGAAAAGAAUGAGGGAUCGGAGAGCGCUCCCAAAGGCCAGGCCCAACAACGCCGGCCCUACCACAGGCGAAGGUUCCCACCUUGCUACAUGCGGAGACCCUAUGGCUGUCGACCACAGUGUUCCAACCCUCCUGUGCAGGGAGAAGUGAUGGAAGGUGCUGACAACCAGGGUGCAGGAGAACAAGGCAGACCUGUGAGACAGAACAUGUAUCGAGGUUAUGGACCACGAUUCCGCAGAGGUCCUCCUCCACAAAGACUGCCUGGAGAGGACGGCAAUGAAGAGGAUAAGGAGAAUCGAGAUGAGACCCAGCGUCAGCAGCCACCCCAACGUCGGUACCGCGGGAACUUCAGUUACCGACCCAGACGCCCAGAUAACCCUAAACCACAAGAUGGCAAAGAGACAAAAGCAGCCCAUCCACCAGCUGAGAAUUCGUCCGCUCCCCAGGCUGAGCAGGCGGGCUGAGUAAAAGAUGCCGGG